GAAUACAUCCCUCAGCUUUACUCUCCUCAGCACUCCUUGGACAAAACAUAUGAGGCUCUGUGCACUGGAAAGAGGCUUACGAUGACGCCACAAAGAGAGAGAAGGCUGGUGUGCAGGUACAGGACAGGAAGAGGAAACCCGCUGAUGAUAUUCAAAGAGGAAGUGGAGUGGGACCAGCCUAUGAUCCUACGAUACCAUGACUUUCUUUCUGAAGGAGAGAUGGACACCCUCAAAACACUGGCCAGGCCAAAGCUUUCCAGAGCUAAAGUCAUAGAUCCAGUCUCUGGAAGAAAAGUUUCUGCUGCCUCUCGUGUGUCAAAAAGCGCAUGGCUCUCUGAACAUGAAGAUCCCGUGAUCAGUCAGAUCAACCAAAGGAUCGCUGGUGUCUCUGGUCUAGAACUGCAGACAGCAGAGGAGCUCCAGGUUUUCUCACUACAAGGAUAA